GGUCUGCCCAUGUUGGUCGGCUGGCUCCCCUGCAGAAAAGACCGACUUCAUUAGAGCUCAACGUAGAAAUGCUCACAGAGGAGGCUAUUGGGGGGAGGGGAAUCUCCCAGAUCUCUGGCUGUAAAUCUGAAAGCCGAAUCAUGGAUCCCCAAAGAGGAAGCCAAGGCUGAGCCACUAUGAAGAGGCUGCUUGGUGGGGGAGUGGGAACCCUCUGACUGACUUGUUUUGCAAGACCGGAAAAGGAGGGUGCAUAGUGUAAUCCCCCUGAACUCUUCCGAAAAGCCCUGGAGUUUCUGGUCACGGGCUCAGGAAGGAUUCCAGCAGCUGCUUUCUAAGCCUCUGUCCUCAGUGGCUUUUGGACUCUGACCAGCCUGACCAGCAGGACCGCAUCUCUGCCAGCCCCAAGUCUGAAGUCCAAGGAGGUCUUACUGUCCCCCAAAGGCCAGGAAGCAAGGUGCUGGUUUGAGAGUGGCCUGUCUUAGCCCCAGGGAGAAAGUCCACAGCUCCUGUCCUGGGAUGAAGAGCUCCCGGCAAAUCCUCCUUGUGGCUUCCCUCCUCUUCCUCUUCUGCUGUCCCAUCUGGUCCUCUUCGGCUCCCAGGAACCCAACCGGCCCACUCCUCUCGGAUGGACAUGUGUGUAUAGGAUGUGUGCUGAUAGUGUCCAUAGUGGAACAGCUGGCACAAGUCCACAACUCUACCACACGGGAGGAGAUGGAGCGACUGUGCAGCUACCUCCCUGAAAAGCUAUUCCUGAAAAGUAUCUGCUAUCUCACAGCAGAAAUAUUUGGACCAGACAUCAUUAAACUGCUCAGCUUGAAGAUGAAUGCGGAUGUGGUCUGCCAUGCCCUCCACUUUUGUAAACAGAAGGCCGGGCAGCCUGUCUGCCACCUCUACAAGCCUCCCCAGGAGGGCCUGAACAGAGCACUGAGCAGGGCCAGAAAGACUGUCCGGCACUCACCAGCCUUGACUAGCCCUGGCGGCAUGAAGGGGAUCUGUUCAAUCCCUGCUUUGGCCAAGAUCUGUCAGAAAAUUGAAUACGUUCUCAGCACGACCCUGCCCUUUGAAGACACAGAUGGGGACAAGUUCAGCAUUUUCCCUACUUUGAGAGGCUUUUACUGGAGAGGACGAGACUGCAAUGACAGAAACAGGAACAUCUACCCAGGCCGACGCCCAGAAAACUGGGAUGCACAACAGGAUUCCAACUGUAAUGGCAUUUGGGGCAUAGAUCCGAAGGACGGCAUCCCGUAUGAGAAAAAAUUCUGUGAAGGUUCAGAAGCCAAGGGUCUCAUUGUGCUGGGGGACUCCGCCGCGGCCCAUUUCCACAUACCCCCGGAGUGGCUGACAGCAGAGCACAUGUCUGUGAAAACUUUCUCCAAUCUGCCAAUGGCUUUGAGCAAUGAGCUCGACUUGCCCCAGCUCUCUGGCACAACAGGAUUUUGGAAUUCUACCAGCAGAUUCCUGGACCACUCUAUUUAUCUCCGCCUACGUCAGAGAAACCGCUGCAAUCACCGGGACUACCAGAAUAUUUCCAAAAAUGGUGCUUCUUCCAAAAACCUUCUGAAGUUCAUGGGAAGCUUGUCCAGGAACCGGCUUUUGGAUCACCCCGCCAUUGUUAUCUACACCAUGCUUGGGAAUGACGUGUGCAAUGGGAAUAUUGACACUGUAUCAAAGAUGACCACUCCACAGGACAUGCAGGCUCAUGUCAUGGAAACGCUGACAUUUCUGAAUUUGCACCUCCCUCCGGGCAGCUACGUGGUCCUCUAUGGACUGGCAGAUGGACGCUUUCUCUGGGACCAGUUGCAUGACCGAUACCAUCCACUGGGCCAGCUGAAUAGAGACAUCACUUAUGAGCAGCUCUACGCCUUCCUCAGCUGCGUCCAGGUGAACCCCUGCCAAGGCUGGAUGUCCUCCAAUGAAACUCUCCGGACCCUCACCUCUGAAAGAGCCAAGCAACUUUCCAACGUUCUGGAAAUGAUCGCAGCCAGUGAGAAAUUUGCCAACAUCAGUCUCCUCUACCUGGAUUAUCCUUUCAAGGAAAUGUCUGAGGAGUGGCAGAGGAGAGGUGGAGAGACAUGGCAGCUGAUUGAGCUGGCCGACGGCUUCCACCCCAGCGAGGUAGCUUCCCAGCUAGCUGCACAGUUCUUCUGGGAGAAAGUCCUCAAGCAAUGGCCCCAAGUCCUUGGAAAGGAGAAUCCAUUCAACGAUCAGAUUGAGCAUCGGUUCGGAGAUCAAGGAGGUCACUGAGUGCCCGGGGCUCCUCAGGCAGCCCUUCCUCUACUUCAGGAAGCUAGAACCAGGAUAGUGCAAAUCCUCCCUUGGCCCCUGCCCUCCAUCAAAAUGAAUAUAUACCAAGAUAGCUAAGCCCAGCAUGCCCCGAGCCAUACAGUAGCAUCUUCCUCACACCGUUGGGACUCUGGGCCCUCAGCUUUCAUCUGUGCUGUCAUACGUUUCUCCGUCAGGAUGUAAGCUCUUUCAGGGCAACAACCUUUUCCUAUCUGUCUUUGUCCCUUGCCUAGACCAGUGCCUUACUUAUAAGGCAGCUAGGUGGUGCAGUGGAUAGAGACUGAAAUCAGGAAGACCUGAGUUCCAAUGUGAUCGCAGAUCAGACGCUAGCUGGGUUGGCCCUGGGCAUGUCACUUAACUUCUGUUUGCCUCAGUUUCUUCAACUGUAGAACAGGAUAAUAACAGCACCUCACAGGGUUGUUGUGAGGAUCAAAUGAGAAGACUGUGUGAAGCACUUAGUAGGGUACCUGAUACAUGGCAGGUGCUAAGUACUUACUUCUUGCCCCUUACUCCUAGUAAGUACUUAAUACAUCCUUGUCAAAUGUAACUAAAUUGAAAUGAGGCAGUAUUUUUUCUCUUAUCAGAGUGUAUUUUCUCAUAAAAAUCAAGAAAUAAAAAGACCUCUGUGUGAUCUCA